AUGGCCUCCCAGCGUCUACCGCUGGGCACCCGUCACGGGACACGGGAGGUUGCAGGCCUCUCACUGCGUCACCACCGAGCCCCCGCGGGAGGCCGGCGCAGGCGCGCUGGGGCCGCGCGCGGAGACCUGGGAGCCGCCCGGGGCGGGGCGCCCGAGGCGCGGGCCCAACGGCCGACGCGGCCGCGCGGGAACUCGCGCGCCAGGCCCCGCCCGCGGUUUGAACCUGAGGCCCCGCCCCCGCGCCCGGCCAAUCAGCCGGCGGGGCGGCCGGCUCCGCGGCGACCCUUUGUGGGCGCUGCGCGGCCCCGCCCCUCCGGCAGCCCCUCCUUCGGCGGCGGCGCGGACGGCGCGGGCGGCGCGGACGGCGCGGACGCUGGCGGCCAGGGCACGAUGUUCGCCCGGGGGCUGAAGAGGAAGUGCUCCGAGGACGAGGCACCCGCUGACCCCCUGCAGCGCCAGUCACUGCUGGACAUGUCGCUGGUCAAGCUGCAGCUGUGCCACAUGCUGGCGGAGCCCAACCUGUGCCGUUCAGUCCUCAUCGCCAACACGGUCCGGCAGAUCCAGGAGGAGAUGACCCAGGACGGGAGCUGGCGCCUGCCCGGGCCCCAGACUGCGGGGCGGGCGCCACGUGACCGCCUGGUGUCCACUGAGAUUCUGUGCCGCUCAGCUCAGGCGGGGCCGCCCCAGGCCCCCGACCCAGCAGACCUGGCCUCUGCGCUGCAGGUGGUCCCGGCAACGCAGGUUCCCGGGGCCGUGCUGGGAGGCCCUUGGGGCAGGCCUGGCCCCGGAGAGAGCCGAGGGGGCUUCCCCAGGUCACUAGAUCAGGUGUUUGAGACGCUGGAGAGCCACAGCCCCAGCGCGGUGGACGAGCUGUUUUCCGACGUGGACGGUCCCUACUACAACCUGGACGCUGUGCUGACGGGCAUGGUGAGUGGCGCCAAGUCGGGCCCGGAGGGGCUGGAGACCUUUGCCUCUGCGGCCACCCCGCCCCCCGGCACCGGCUGCAAAGCGGACCUGGGCGAGCUGGACCACGUGGUGGAGAUCCUGGUGGAGACCUGAGCUGAGGCGUAGCGGUGCAUCUGUGAGGCUCACGGAAACAGCCGGCGUGUGAGGCUGUGCGUGCCGGGGGCCAGCUCUCUGUAAUCAGGAGAGCCCCCUGGAACAGCGUCCGGCGGCCCCGCCCUCCCAGGGCCGGCGGCUUUCCCGAGGGCCGGUCGUGCCGCCCUCAGCCCUGAACCGUGUCCUGCGACAGCCCCACCGGAGGAUCCCAGCCGCAUCCAGCCUCAUCCAGCGUUAGAUGGGUGAAUUUUCUAAAAUUCACUUUUAUAUGUUUGAGGCAAUAUUUUGUCUUAAGAUACAUUUUUUAACUUUUUAUACUUUGAUCACUUUAGAUUUUUUUAGCUAUUUUCUUAAAAGUAUAUUUUUUCUAUAAACAUGGUCUGCUGCUAUGUUAGAAACUUCUACAGCCUAAACAGUUGCAGUUGGUAUAUUUCAUUUUUUUAAGGUUUAAGGAACACUGUUCUUUUUACAACGAGCAUCACUGCCCUGAGUCUGCAGUGUCCACGCGUCGUGAUUUCCACUCUGGACUCGGGUGUGAGCCUUGCCCGUAGGCCCUGCUGCAGUCUGAGCGAGGUCAGGGUCAGAGGCCUUGCAUGUGAUACCUUUACCAGAUCUGUGUGACCACAUGUCUGUUGGACUGCAGUGUGGGUUCUGGAGGGUUUUAUUUAUGCCUGUUUAUGUGUAACUGUCUUCGGGGCUGAAGGUCGGGUGCGCUCUGCCUGGAGACCACUCGUACUGGAGGUCUCGGAUGGUGCCUCCGAGGGUCUGCGUCUAGACCCUUGCUGCACAGGUUGCCCAGCGCAGCCAAGCUUCUACAGUUGCUGCCCUCCAACACCCCCGCCUGGCCAGCUGCUGGGCCCCCACACGCUUGGCCUGCGUUCGCGGAGGCUGCUGUGAGCUGCCGUGUUUGGGGAGGGUGUCUGCGCCACUGGGUCAGAGGCCGUCUGUAUGUGCUCCGUUAAACCAGUGCUGGGACAGACUCUUAAGCUUGAGCUCAAGUCUAGGACUGAAGGAGCCUGGACACGUGUCAUUACCAUGGCUCCUCCGUCUUGAGGGUUGUGACGGUGGUCUGGGCUGUGUGUCCUGUGCCCGGGGCACCCAGACUGCCCACAGCUUUUCGAUCUUUAUCACUUGUUUACAAGUAAGUCUCACUCCCCACUCCACCCCACGUUUCCCAUUUCUCGUGCUUUUUCUUCUCCAGCCUUUAGCCAAGAAGAGUUGUUUCCUUAGUGUCCGCGGUUACACCUCAUUUUAUUAAAAAGUUAUCUAACGGA